AGAGGGGUUAGUUUUAAAGAAAAUCCCCACCGGAGCAGAGCUUUCUUUUUCUUCCCUUCCUUUUGCCCUCUUUCUUCUCUUUUGUCUUAGGAACCCAGCUGUUCCUCCGAGUGCCGGGCGCACUGGGGAAUCCCGCCGCGCCAGCCUCGGGGACCCUGGCGGCCCGCCCAGCCCGCGGGGCUCCCGGCCACUCCCGCAGGCGCUCGCUCCGCGCACCGCCCAGCCGGCUUUCCCGGAAGGGCGGGCGCGCUGGGCUCCUGGCGCUGUGUUCCACCGGCGAGGCGGGUAAUCAUGGCAGCCGAUGAGGAUAACAAAAAACAAGUUCUUAAGGAGCCUUUGUCAGAUAAAGAAUAUAUGAAAGAUGAACAAAGAGAGAGAUUAAUUGAUGAAAUUGUGAAGGAAAAUACUCAGUUAAAAAAGGAGAUCCAAAGGCUUGAAACUGAGUUACAAGAGGCCACCGGAAACUUCCAGACAGUGAUCACAAGCAGGCAGAGAGGCAGGCAGAGAGAGAGGAAGGGAAGCAGGCUCCCCGCUGAGCAGAGAGCCCAAUGUGGGGCUCGAUUCCAGGACCCUGGGACCACGGCCCGAGCCAAAGGCAGAGGCUUUAACCCACUGAGCCAUCCAGGUGCCCUGAGUUUGAUUAAAGAGGAUAUUCCUGAAACAAAGGUGAAAUUCACAUCUUUAGAGAAUCCUGAGAAUGACAGCCAGUUUUUAAAUAUCUCCUGUUCAUUUCAAGUGAGCUCACAAGUUCUUUAUGAGCUGCAGAAAGGACAAGCCCUUAUCACCUUUGAAAAAGAAGAAGUUGCCCAGAACAUCAUCAGGAUGGGGAAGCACCAUUUGAAGAUAGAAGAUGUAGAUGUGGAGGUUUUGGCCAAGCCAGUUCCAUUAAAUUCAGGAGUCAGAUUCCAGGUUCAUGAAGCGUACUCUAAGGUGAAGAUCAACGUUACUGAAAUUCCUGACGGAUUGCCCGAAGAUCAGAUGAGAGACAAGCUAGAACUCAGCUUUUCUAAGUCCAGAAAUGGAGGCGGGGAAGUGCUCUGCGUGCAGUACGAUAAGCCGUCCGGCAGUGCUGUGAUCACAUUCAUGGAACCUGGAGUUGCUGACAAGAUUUUGAAAAAGAAAGACUAUCCGCUUUAUAUAAAUCAAAACUGCUAUAGAGUUACUGUUUCUCCAUACACAGAAACACACUUGAAAAAUUUUCAGGUGUUUUCAGGAAUAUCAGAGAGGACAGUGCUUCUGAGUGGGCUGGAAGAACUUCAGAUGACGGAUAUAGAACUUUUAGAGGAUUUAGUUAACAUUCAUUUCCAACGGGAAAUGAACGGAGGUGGAGAGGUGGAAGUGGUCAAAUGUUCUCUAGGUCAACCUUGCAUCGCAUACUUUGAGGAAGAGAGGAAUGGAAUGAUCUGAAUAUUAGAGCCUGUGAGCCCAAAUCACUGCCAGUAUGUGACAAAAAUGGAUAUCCCUUUCCCUUUAAAGAAUGAAGUCUUUUCAUUCUUUAGUGGCCCUUUAUUCUUAGAUACAAAAUAUCCAUGUUUCUGAAUUCUUUGUUUCAAACCCUGUUGCAUGCUUACCAAUGCAGUAAGUGCACUAUAUUAAAAAGUUUUGUUUGUUCAUAAA